GAACACUCUUCAUGUCUUGGCGAGAGCUGCUUCCCCCCUGGCUGGUGAUCGUAGCGGGGCUGACAGGCAUCGUGCUGCUCUGUGUCUCCACCAAAGAUGUGCCCGUGGCCCCACUCAGGACCAAGUAUGGCAUUGUUCUGGAUGCUGGCCCAUCCCGCACCAUCCUGUUCAUCUACCAGUGGACAACCACCAAGGCAAACAAGACCGGGGUGAUCAGAGGAUGCAGCUCCUGCCCUGUGCAAGGUCCAGGAAUCUCCAGCUACUCAGAUUCUCCUCAGAAAGCUGGGAAGAGCUUGGAGCCAUGUUUGAACUGGGCCCAGAACGAGAUCCCAGCAGAGCAGCACAGCCAAACCCCCCUGUACUUGGGAGCCACCGCCAGCAUGAGGCAGCUGAACCUCACCCAUCCCAUCCUCUCUGACAGUCUCCUUGCAGCUCUGACUGGCACCCUGAAGUCAUCCCCCUUCAGCUUUCAAGGAGCACAAAUCCUGUCCAGCCCAGAGGAAGAAGCAUUCAAUUGGGUUGCUGUUAACUAUGUCCUGGAGAACUUCUUCAAGUAUGACUGGCAAGGACAGUUGGUCCCCUCCAAGAAGGGGAUGGCAGGAGUCCUGUCCGUGGGAGGAACCUCAGCACAGCUCACUGCUGAGCUGGAAGAAGAGAAGCAGGCCCCAGAGGAGGGAGUGAGGCUGCAGCUCUAUGGGCAGACACACAGGGUGCACACCCGCCAGUGCCCCUGCCACGGCACGGAGCAGCUCCGCCGCAGGCUGCUCUGGGUGCUCAUCCAGGAUCAGAGAAGUGCUAAAACCGUGUCCAAUCCCUGCUGGCCCCUCACCUAUUCCCAGGAAGUGCAGUGGCAAUCACUGCAUGCUGGGCCUUGUGCUGCCAGUGAUGACACACGGGACAUCCCUGGCCCCAAGGAGAUCUUCAACAUCACAGGCUCCAGCAAUCCCACAGCCUGCAUGAACCUCGUGCAAAGCCUGCUCAACUCUUCCUCUUCCUGCAGCUUUUUCAAGCAUUCCCUCAGCAGUGAUCUCAAACCCCUUCAGACCAGGCUUCUGGUGGUUUCUGAGGCCAUGGAUUUCAUGAGAGGAACUGCACCUUCUCCUGACUUGGGCCAGGCUGUCAAGAGGCUGUGUGGGAUGUCCGUCAAAGAGUUGAUUAGGGAGUCCCAAGCAAGCCUGGAUACACUUGUUGAUUACUGCACUGUGUCUGCCUUCAUCUUCCAUCUCAGUACAAGAGGAUACACACUUGACUUGGACCGGCCUGCUUGGACUGCAUUCCAGAAGAUGGGUGAUAGAUCAUCUGGCUGGACUCUUGGGUACCUGCUGAGUCUGACCAGCACCAUCCCCCAGGACAGCCCAAGCUUCCUCAAGGGGAUCGAGCCAGGGGUCUGGUCCUUGCUCCUGAUCCUCUUCGUGGUGCUGCUCAUGGGCUCCUUCCUGCGCAUCUCGUACCGAGUGAUGGCCAAGGAGAGCAGCUCCAGUCACAGGAACAGCAGUGUUUUUGAUGACUGACGGUUUUCUGUGACUCAGGACUCUUGUCAGAGCACAGUCACCAGGGUCCAGACAGAAAUCACAGAGGUGUAAGUCACUGCAGGAUGCAAGUGAUUUUCCUGAAGGGCUCCCAGCAACUUGCUGGUACUUGCACUACUGUACUUUGAGACAAUGGAUCCUGCUCCACAGGAAGUCUGUGAUUCCUGGUGGAUGGCAAGCUAUUCAUUCUCCAAACAAGAACAGCCUGCAUGCCUCUUCCUUGGGCUACAGCUGGGAUUACUCAUGUCAGACACGAAAUUAUGCCUCUGAGGAGGCAGGCUAUUAUUAUUAUACAUAUAUAUAAUAUAAUAUAAUAUUAGCUAUUGUGAAGCUAAUAUUGUAUACUCCUGUCAAAUCAGAAAAGGUGGUGUCUAAAAAGCAUGCUCUGUCCUCUUCUGUGGCCUCUCAAGAGAUGAUACCUGCAGUAUUGCCAUUAGUGAAGACUGGAAGGGCAUUAAAAUACAGUCAGAAUAUA